AUGGAUACCUCCAAUCAGAAUGUCGCCGACGCGAUGCGACCGCCACCGAAAGACAUGUCUCAUCACUACUCCGACGUGACGAAGGCUAGAGCCCCAAGUAGAAUGAAGGAAUUCUAUAAGUAUUUUCAAAUACCGAACAUUGGACAACUAGCUGGUGGGGGACUAACGUUGAACUUUGAAAUGUCAGGUCUUCCUAACGCUACUCUUUUCCCCUUUGAUACCUUAGAAGCUCAAACCGCGAGACCGGAUCGAUGGACCCCAACGCCUAACUAUCCGGACCCUGAUGGCAAGCUAUCUUCCCGAUUAGCCGCGACAUCGAUUUCAAAUCCGGCCGUAGCCUCUCACGUCGUCGUGCCACACGAUGCGCCUGCCUCGGAUCCGAGGAAGAAGAUAGAUCUGGCUACAGCCUUACAAUACGGCCAAGCUGAUGGAUAUCCGCCUUUACUUUCCUUCAUUCGCGAAUUCGCGCGGGAUUACUUACAUCCAAAUGUACCCUACAGGGGUGGGCCAGAGGUCAUCUUCACAGUCGGCUCAUCAGAUGGCAUGUUUAAGACAUUGGAGGUAUUCACCAACGUCUGGGUAGAAGGGAAAAACGACAUCCGAGAACGACCGGGCUUGUUAUGCGAAGUUUUCAUGUACGCCAAUGUACUAACCCAAGCACAACCCCGAGGAAUCCAACCCGUGCCCAUCGAAAUGGAUGAAGGGGGUAUGUUGCCGUAUGGUCCUGGAAGUUUGGACGAUGUCCUUUCGAACUGGGAUCACAGCAAAGGAAAACGGCCACACUUGCUGUACACUGUAACAAUGGGUCAUAACCCCACAAGUGGUGUUCUUUCUCUCGAGAGAAGGAAAGAAUUAUACUCGGUCUGCAGCAAAUACGAUGUCAUUAUCGUCGAGGAUGACCCCUACUGGUACCUCCAGUUCCCUUCAGCAGCAGUCGAGGAAGCGAAGGCGAGGAAUUUGCCGAUUCCCGAACCCCAAAUAGCGAAUACCCUCGAAAGGAAAUCCGGGUACGAAUACUUGGAUUCUCUUGCGCCAUCAUUCCUUAAUAUCGAUGUGGACGGACGAGUUGUGAGAUUGGAUACUUUCUCCAAGACCGUGGCUCCGGGAUGCCGAAUGGGAUGGAUCACCUCGACCCCGUCGAUUUGCGAGCGCAUUCUUCGCGUCAGCGAGUCGGGCACGCAGCAGCCGUCCGGUUUCGCCCAGGUUGUUAUCGCCGAGACUAUCAUGGGGUCGCAGCCUGAGGCGUCGGUAGCAUUCGCGGCUCGAUCCGUGAAGGAUCGGGCUACUUUCAGCGGGUGGAAGAUGGACGGCUGGGUGCGAUGGCUCGCUGGGCUGCGAGGCCAGUACGAGAGACGCAUGAACAGGAUGUGCAGGAUCCUCGAGGAGAAUGCGUAUCAGCUCAAGCAGUCGACGCCGAUGCGUGGGUCGGACUCCGAUUGGGGCGUCAUCACCAAGACCCAGCUGUAUGACUUCAAAUGGCCCCGCGGCGGCAUGUUCCUCUGGCUGCACAUGCGCUUCGAGACGCAUCCGCUCUGGAAAGCCGCUGGGUCCCGCGGCAACCUCGUGGACGGCACCGCGCUGUCGACCGCCCUCAUGGUCUUCCUUACCCGCAAGCCCUACCUCGUCCUCGUCAGCCCCGGCCUCAUGUUCAGCGCCACUGACAAGAUCCGCAAAGAGCGCGGGUGGGCCUAUUACCGCCUGUGCUUCGCCGCCGAGUCCGAGGAGAACAUCGACAGAUGCUCCCUGCGCUUCGGCGAGGGCGUCCAGAAGUUCUGGCGCAUCAAGAACGUCAAGGAACUAGAGGCGCUACUGGAAGAAUCCAGUGCUGCGCAGACCCAGGACGACGAGGCGCAGCUGGUGAAUCUGGGGGGUUGGAUGGGAUGCUAA